UCACGUUCCAUUAGGGUGUUGUUCUUGUUUUGCCUGUUGUACUUAGUAACUUCAUUAAAAUAAGGUAUUUGAAGUACAAACCUACAAGAAAAUGUCAAUAUUGGGGUCUUUCGGAGAAGCUUUUUGGUCAACAAGAAUAUGGUUGCCACCUAAUACAACGUGGGAGGAUAUCGCUCCUGGUUCUAGGUUAGAUGUAAAGCAUGCAGAUUAUAGAGAUCUAGUUUGGCCACUCCCGUUGGCUUUAGUAGUGAUGAUUAUUCGAUUUGCUCUGGAAAGGUAUUGGAUCGCACCUGUUGGCAAAUCUUUAGGCAUAAGAAAUUUAAAACCAAAAAAAGCUCCCUUUAAUAAAGUUUUGCAAAAAGCAUUUGAAACUUCAUCCAAACUAGAUCAUCAAAAGAUAAUCGAACUUUCAAAGCAUACAGAUUUAACUAAACGUCAAGUUGAACGCUGGUGGCGUUUACGAAAGGCACAAGAUAAACCGUCCACUUUGACCAAAUUUUGUGAAACAACAUGGAGGUGUAUAUACUACACAUACAGUUUUAUAUUUGGUGUUAUAGUGCUUUGGGAUAAGCCAUGGUUUUGGGACUUAAAAAACUGUUGGUAUGGUUACCCACAUCAGGUAUAUUUAUAUAUAUAACUAAUGAUAUGUUGGGCAUUUCACAUGUACU